AUGGCGGCUCAAACAUCCGCUGCGAGUGGCGGCAGCUCGCCGUUCGACAGCUACCAGACAUCCCUCACGACCCGCUACUGCAGUCCCGCCAUGUCCAAGCUCUUCAGCCAGCGCUCACGACACUCAACCUGGCGCAAGCUGUGGCUCGGCCUCGCUGAGAGCGAGAAGGAACUCGGGAUCGACACCAUCACGGACGAGGCCCUCGGGCAGAUGAGGGCUCAUCUCGAGGUCACCGAUGAGGAUUUCGAGGUGGCCCGCGUGGAGGAGAAGCGCCGCAGACAUGAUGUCAUGGCUCACGUUCAUGCUUUCGGUGUUGUUGCCCCUGCAGCCGCCGGCAUCAUGCACUACGGCGCAACAAGCUGCUAUGUGACUGACAAUGCCGAGCUGCUUCUCAUGCGUGAUGCUCUCGACUUGUUGGCCAAGAAGCUGGCCAAGGUCAUCUCCAACUUGUCCUCCUUUGCCCUCAAGUGGAAGGAUGAGCCCACUCUGGCCUACACUCACUUGCAAGCUGCACAGUUGAUCACAGUGGGCAAGCGCGCUGCUCAAUGGGCACAGGACCUCAUGCUUGAUCUCCAGAGCAUCGAGCAUGUCCGCAAUGAGCUCAAGUUCCGUGGCGCCCAGGGAACCACUGGCACCCAGGCCUCUUUCCUGGAGAUCUUCCACGGUGACUCUGCCAAGUGCGACAAGCUGAACGAUCUGCUCUGCGAGAAGUUCGGCUUCCCUGCUUGCUACGAUGUGUCUACCCAAACCUACACCCGCAAGGUCGACCUGAUCAUUGCCAAUGCCGUUGCUGGCCUUGGCUCGUCGGCACAGAAGAUCACGGGAGAUAUUCGCCACCUGGCUCACUGGAAGGAGAUUGAAGAGCCUUUUGAGAGCACACAGAUUGGAUCUUCGGCCAUGGCAUAUAAAAGAAACCCAAUGCGUUCCGAGCGCGUGUACUCUCUUGCUCGGGAGCUCCUAAGCAAACCCACCACAUUCCAAGCGACACAUGCCGAUCAAUGGAUGGAGAGGACACUAGAUGACUCGGCCGUCCGCCGCAUCGACAUCCCAGAGACGAUGCUGCUCGCUGAUGCCAUCCUGAUCGGCCUCGACAACAUCACCGACGGCCUCGUCGUCUACCCCAAGCGCAUCGCAGCGCACGUCCAAUCGGAGCUGCCUUUCAUGAUUACCGAGACCAUCAUCAUGCGCCUGGUUGCGAAGGGCGAGUCGCGACAGGAGGCCCACGAGCAGAUCCGUGUCCUCUCGCACGAGGCCGGCAGCGUCGUGAAAAACGAGGGCAAGCCUAAUGAUCUGGUGGAUCGGAUCAGGAAGAACGAGUUCUUCAAGCCGAUCUUAGGCGAGCUUGAUGGCAUGCUGAAGGCGGAGCUGUAUACUGGCCGUAGCGCCGAGAUUGUGGACAAGUAUUGCGGUCCCGGGGGUCCUGUCGAGAAGGCUUUGGCACCAUAUGCGGAUUACAUCAAGGGCGCCACUACUGCAGAGCUUAAUGUCUAA